AGUGCCACAGGGGAUAAAAAUUCAAUAAGAAUUUCCUGUGGCAGAUUUCUGUUGGUUUACUAAUUAUAAUGCAAUUGUGGUGUCUGAGUUCGUUUUUUUGAAGUUAAUUAAUAGUUAGUAAGACGAGUUGGUGUUUUGAUGAAUUAAUAGUUAUGACUUCUUUCAGAGGACAGUUUUUUUUUUUUUUUUCUCACAAAAUUUGCACCCAGAUAUGUAAUAUGAAAUAUAUCAUUCAGAGUUGUUAUACAUGGUCUAACUAUAUUAGCAAUUAUGUACCAGUGAUUAUCCAAAAUCCCAUUGUUUAUGUAAUGGCUUAUAUGACACGUUUAUUUAUGAAUUGCUAAGCAUCGCUGAGUGCCAGUUUUAGAUGCCAAGGACAUAUGUUAAUUAAUAUGGCAUUAUAUGAAUUUUUUAAAACUGAAAUGUGGCAAUGACUCAUAGUCACACUUGUGUGUGUCUGUAGUAUAAAGUUUUACAUUUAUAAUUGUAAUGUUUAUUUAUAAGUAUGUGUUGUUACUUCAUGUCUGUUGUAUAUGUGUGCGCGUGUGUGUAUAUGUGUACACGUGAACAUGUUUGCAUGUAUGAGUGACUAUAGUGUAUGUCUGUUUGUGUGUCUGUGUGCAUAAUUUGGCAGAUAAGUAUACGAGUGUGUGUGGAACCCCUAAUGAGAAAACGGUAAUUGGGUGGAUGUGUGCUUGCAUUUGAGAUUAUAUUACUAGACCUGUCAAAAGAUCACUACUGCUAAAUUUCAGAUAUGAGCUCAAUUUCACAAGUGUCACAACAGAUUGAUAAGUCGCAGGAGGUGGAGGACGAGGAUUUGUUUGAGUGUACCCUGGGAGCCAAUGGCCAGGUUGUGCUCCGGAGUGCAAAGCGAGAAACUGUGUUAUCAAGAUUUGAUUUUGUGUACCCUCCUUAUAUGACAUCAUGUGAGGACAGUAAGAUAAUGAAGGCAGUGACAGAUGCUGAUGGAGAUCUUCAAGUCACAAGAAAGAAUAAUCUCCAUAAGAAAGAAGGUGUUGUUCUCAUUGAACACCAGAGUGCCACAACUUUAGACUUGGUCGGAGAACAGGUUUGGCGCGGGGCACUGUUCCUCGCAGACUUCAUCCUCCACCAUCCCGAGAUCUUUAAGAAUGCUAACAUCCUGGAAUUGGCUUCUGGGGUUGGACUAACUUCCAUUGUUGCAGGCAUGCUUGCAAAGAAAGUUGUGAUUACAGACGUGGAUCGUGGUGAUAUUUUGACUCUUAUUGAUCGUAAUGUGGAAAGAAAUAGAGAUCUGAUGAAGGCGGAAAUUCUUGUGAAGGAAAUAGACUUCUACGACCAUGCUACAAUUGAUGAAUCCUAUGAGUCACUUAAAGACAUCUCUGUCAUCAUGGCUGCAGAUACAAUUUAUCACAACCAGUUGACAGAUCAAUUCUUCAAAACAAUAUUGAGAUUGAUGAGUGAACCACCAAACAAGACAAUGUAUGUGGCCUUAGAGAAAAGAUUUGUGUUUACAGUAGAGGACAUGGACACAGUAGCCCCCUGCUAUGACUAUUUCCUUGAUCGCUUAGACUGGCUGCGUUGUCAGAAUUUGUCAACAAUUAACUGGACCGUAGAAGAAGUCCCCAUCGAUUUCAAGCAGUACUUCAUCUAUGAAAAGAACCGGCAUUUAGUUAUGUGGAAAAUUGCUGCAGAGCUAAAAUGAUAUUUCAGAUUUUUUUUUUUUUUUUUGUUAUUAUUAUUAUUAUUGUUACUUUCUAGUGUUAUUUAUUAUUUUAUUUUAUUUAUUUUUUUUUUUUUUUUUUAGUAAAAAGCUAUGAUUAAGUUUGAAUUAUACAGAUUCGCAAUAAUUUAUUUUACCUUGCAGGGCUCUUUAAAUAUUUAAUGAGAGUGAGAAUUUUGUUUCUCAAACUUUUCUUACAAAUAAGAGUAACUAACAAUGUUUAUUAAACUUGUAGAAAAGUUAUGCAGGGAGAUGAUUGCAAAGAUUGCAUAUUUUUGAAGUUGGCCUAAUGAAUAUUGAAAGAAUAUUAUAGUAUUUUGCAGUGUAUUACAACAGUUGAUAAUUUAUGUAGAUUACUGUUGUAAGAUAUGUAAUGCAUAAUAAUCAGAAAUUAAAGUGGAAAAGAGAAGAUAAACAUUUUUUUGCACUAUUGAUUUUAUUUUAAUUUUUUUUCCCCCAAUUUGGGAGGAGUGAUGCAUCAGAGAAUAGAUUUUCUCUCAACUCAAAAUACUUAGUUCCUGUUUUAUUGAAUGUUCAUCUGGAGGGAUGAUAUUGGAGUCAUUUAUAGAGAUACUAGUUUUGAAGCUUUAAUAUUAUUUAUGAUUGUGUAUUACAUUUCCAUUUUUUGUUGUUCUUUUCUGUAAAAGAAGAUGAAAAAUCAUGAAGACCAUGCACAAUUAUGUACUAUAAUUAAUUAGAAUGUGUUUUUGUUAAUUUUUGGCACAUAUUGUACAUUUAGGAUUUUGAAUUAUAUUAGAAUAUUUGUCUUUAAGUCUGCAGUAUGUAUAUAAUCAUAUAAGAUGUAUGAUAUUACAGGUAUGACUACAGUACAAAAUGCAUGUACUUUCUUAUGACUAUAUGGAGGCAUAGUCUAAAUGGUACACUUUGUUUUCAUCUUUCAAAUUGUAUUUGGAGUUUGUUAUAUGGAGAACUGUUUGGUUAAUAGUUAUGUUCCAGAUAUUUUUAUUUUUGUUAUUUAGUCACUGUCUUCGGUUGCCUGUAAAGUGAGUGAAAUUAACAGAAGAUGCGAGUUGAAAUGUGAUUUGCUUUUAGCUAACAGUUGGCAUUUUUCUGUUGCGAAUAUUAUUUUCUUUUUUGCUGGCUAUUGAUUUGUAAGCUUAUUAGUAGUGACAGGUUGAGGUUGUAUUGUUAAAAAACAUUUCAUGAGUGUUAACAUACUGAUUAGAUUACAAGUAAAAAUGACAUGCAAUUAAGAAAUGAUGUUGCAGUAGAAUUUAGGUCAUUCAUCUGUUUUCUAAAUUUGCCAGUGAACAUUAUGUAUGGCUCUUCAGUUUGUUAUUCAAAUGUGAAUUGAAUGUAGUAAUGACUAAUUUAUGAUUUAGUUGCGACGUGGUUAUGAUCUGGGUAUUUGAAUAUAUCCGUGAUGUUGGUCUUCAUAUUGUUAUCAUGUUUGCUCAAAAGUAUAAUAACAAUGAAACACAUUGAUAUUUUUCAGAUGGAAUCAUAAAUAAAUGAAUAUUCAUAA